CGCUGGGGGUUCCUCGCGCGCGCCGCAGGGGGGAGAAGAGCCGGCCGAAGCGCUGUGUGUGUCAGUGUUUAUAUCAGAAACAUUAAAAAACCGAAUCAGUCUCCGGUAAAAACGAGUUCUGAUCAAAAACAAAACACCCCUUACAGUUUAUUUUGUGUUCUCGGAGCUUCUGUGACCACACAGCCGUCCGCGCGAGCGCCGUUUCUCGUUUUUUUUUGCAUCCCACAUCCAGGUGACCUGAAAGAGAUGGUGAUGGAGAAACCGAGCCCUUUGCUCGUAGGGCGCGAGUUCGUCAGGCAGUACUACACACUCCUGAACAAAGCGCCCGAUUACCUGCACAGGUUCUACGGGAGGAACUCGUCGUACGUGCACGGCGGUUUGGACGGCAGCGGGAAACCCGAGGAGGCCGUGUACGGUCAGGCUGAGAUCCAUAAGAAGGUGAUGUCCCUGCAGUUCAGCGAGUGUCACACUAAGAUCCGACACGUGGACGCUCACGCCACUCUGGGGGACGGCGUGGUGGUGCAGGUGAUGGGCGAGCUGUCCAACAGGGGACAACCCAUGAGGAGGUUCAUGCAGACCUUCGUCCUCGCACCUGAGGGUUCUGCAGUGAACAAGUUCUAUGUUCACAAUGAUAUUUUCCGCUAUGAGGAGGAAGUUUUUGGAGACUCUGAGGCUGAGUUGGGAGAGUCUGAGGAAGAGGAGGCAGAGGAAGAGCAGGUGGAGACACACACUUCUCCUGAACCUGCACAGGACAGCACACCUUACUACGAGCCUCCACCAGUCAGUAAUGGCGUGGAGGAGCAGCAGGAAGAGGCGGGGCCUGAGGCGGAACCAGAACCCCAGCCUGAGCCCGAGGCCAAUCAGGAGGCAGAGGCGGACCUUAGCGCUGAGGGAGAGCUUCAGCCUGAGGAGGUGGAGCCUGAUACAGAAGAGAAGCUUCCAGAAGAGGUGGAGGAGAAACCCCCGACUCCUGUAUCAGCCCCGACUCCGCCCCCUCAGACCCCUGAACCGCCCAAGCCAUUCUCUUGGGCCUCGGUGACCAGUAAGAAUCUGCCACCCAGCGGCUCUCUGCCCACCUCUGGCAUCCCGCCUCACGUAGUGAAGGCCUCCAGUGUACCGCCCAGAGUGGAGGUAAAGCAGGAUUCCCAUGCUCCGUUGCCUAGAGACCAGCGACGUGAGAGACCUGGGUUCACGCCACGUGGCCCUAGACCGGAUGGUGCUUCAGCUGAGGCCCAAGGUGGGAAACCUUACUUCGGCUUUAAAGGUCGUGGGGACUCGGAGGGGGGUGAGGGUGAAGGGCGCAGGACCGUGCGUCACCCCGACAGCCAUCAGCUGUUUGUGGGAAAUCUUCCCCACGACAUCGACGAGGGAGAGCUCAAGGAAUUCUUCAUGACGUUCGGGACGGUGGUGGAGAUGCGCAUCAACACGAAGGGUGUUGGAGGGAAACUGCCGAACUUCGGCUUUGUUGUGUUUGAUGACUCUGACCCUGUGCAGAGGAUCUUGGCAGCCAAGCCAAUCAUGUUCCGCGGUGAGGUUCGUCUGAACGUGGAGGAGAAGAAAACCCGCGCCGCCCGAGAGCGUGAGACCAGGGCCAGCGGAGACGGUCGCCGUGGAGACCGUGGUCCCAGGGGCAUCAUGGGUAACGGGAUGGGGCGUGACCGAGACGGGCGUGGCCCACCCCAGUCCUCCUCCAGGCCCACGAUUGGUUCGGGCCGAGGCAGCGGAGAGAGCCGAUUCGCCGGGCCGCGUCGCUGAGUGGGCGGAGUCAUCCUGAACUGCGCUCGCUCUCUCUCUCUCUCGUCACAUCAAUGGGCCGAAAAUUUACAAAAAUAAUUUUUUUCCUUUACUUUCUUUGUUUUUUCCGUUUCCUUUUUGGAAUGUGACCGGCUAUCAUCAUCAACAACAACAACGACGACGACAACAACAACGACGAUAAGAACCACCAUUUGAUGUGAAAGAUAAAAAAAGCAGAACUUUCUCUCACACACACACUGAGUCGUUUCGAAAAUUCAUCGCUUUCUAUUUUUGGGUUUUGUUUUUUUGGUUUUGUUUUUUUUCUAUAAUUUUUUUCUUUGCAAGAAAAAGGGGGCGUGGCUUAUUUUCUGUAGAACAAAGAGAUGGAUGUGUGACAAAGGGGAACUGUUGAAUCACACGUUUUAUAAAGGACAUGAACGUCAACGCUUCGGGGAAAAAACGGAAGAGAAAAAAAAAACGCUCACUGUACACUUAUUUAUUUUGUUAGUUAAUAAACAAAACAGUGGUGGUGCCUUAAACUGUUCUCUCGCCCGUCUCUCUCUCUCUCUCUCUCUCUCUCUCUCUCUCUCUCUCUCUCUCUGUGUUUCAUCCUGUGAAAGACAAAAGGACUAAACUCAUCAGGACUCGGGCAUGUGCCGAUAUUAAAUUAAGCGAUAUUGCGAUAUUAUUGUUUACUGGACCCUCGGCAGCAUCUCCUUCGGGACUCGACUUCAUCGUAAGUGAAAGGAAUUAUGGGAUUGCCUCCAGUGGGACGGACUCAGGUGCUGCUGCUUUCACAGAUCCAAAAUACGGACCCUUAAGAAGACACUGUUCAUGUUCUGCGUUCCUAAAAGACGGACUUUAUUUCGGGAGCCAGCAUUUAUUUUUUAUUUUAGUUUAGUUUUUUUUUUUUUUUUUUUUUUUUUUUCCCCUCUCCUCGUUAAAUAUCGUGACGUGAUCGAUGAUCGGCACAUGCCUGGUCACGUGGAACAGUUCGGCUGCAAAUAAAACGUGCGCUGUUAUUUCUUUUCUUUUUUUUUUUUUUUUCUUUUUUUUUUUUUUUCUUUUUUAUUAUUAAAUUCAAAAGCUCCGUUUUGGAUUACACUAAUGCUAAUAUAGCUAACAGUUUAUACUGGUUAAUAGCUACCAGAUUAGCAUUAUGCUCACCUCGAAAGACAUCAUUUGUACAUAAAAUUUCAUGAAAUCGCAGAUUGUCUGUCUUUUUUUUUUUUUUAAAUAUAAACAAACCAAAUGUUUCUAAUGUUACAAGCCCUGUCUUCAAGAUAUAUGCCCCGCCCCCAACCUGAGUCUGAUGUACUGAUAAAGAAAGUACGUCUUGGUGGAAAGAAAAAAAAAAAACUACCGUUUUACAUUUUUAUCUCUGUGACGUUGUUUUUGUCGAUGUUUAUAGAUAAGUGUGUCGUGCAAUGCGUCAUGCUAAACUGGUAGCUAUAAGAGCGCAUUACUUGUUAGCUACAUUAGCCUCGUAGCUCCGGUGUGAAACUUGGCUGAUCGAAUGUAUGCUGUGUACGUUUCGUUUUGGGCUGAACCGUUCCUUUAGCUCGUUGCUAACAGCGUGUGUGAUGGUAAGGCAGUGUUAGCGGUACUGAUGAUUUCAGAUUAGUACUGUCUUUACGAUAGCGUACGUGUUGUUUCUGAUUUUUGUUUUUAGUUUGAGCGCGGCUUGCUGAAGCAGAGCUUGUUUUCCUCCCUGCAGUAUUCCACACUGACUUUAUUUCCUCGUCACAAACCACUUUGCACGGCCGGUUUAUGCUUUUUUUUUUUUUUUGGUUUGUUUUGAUACAGCGUUAUAUAAAGCUAGCACUUUUUUUUUCUCUUGCUUUUUGUUGAUUUUCAUUUUGUUUCCCCUCCUCCUCCUCCAGCCUGUAUUUCCGCUCGAGGUCGGGUGUUGAACUCCCGUUGGCUUCAGCAGGUUCCGUCUGAAUGUGUUUUCAACUUUCAAUAAACUACUGAUGAUCUGCAAA